AUGGCGCGUGGACCCGUGAAGCACCAGAAGCGCCUCAGCGCGCCCUCGCACUGGCUCUUGGACAAGCUGUCCGGUGCCUACGCCCCCAAGGCCUCGCCCGGUCCUCACAAGCUCCGCGACUCCCUUCCCCUCAUCAUCUUCCUCCGCAACCGUCUUAAGUAUGCGCUCAACGCCCGCGAGGUCAACGCCAUCCUUAUGCAGCGUCUGGUCAAGGUCGACGGCAAGGUCCGCACUGACAGCACCUUCCCCACUGGAUUGAUGGAUGUCAUCUCCAUUGAGAAGACUGGCGAGAACUUCCGUCUGAUCUACGACACCAAGGGCCGCUUCACCGUCCACAGGAUAACAGACGAGGAGGCACAAUACAAGCUCGGCAAGGUCAAGCGUGUUCAGCUUGGCAAGGGCGGAAUUCCCUACUUGGUUACGCACGAUGCGCGAACGAUCCGUUACCCCGACCCCGCCAUCAAGGUCAACGACACCGUCAAGGUCGACCUUUCGACCGGCAAGAUUUCCGACUUCAUCAAGUUCGACACUGGCGUCAUCGUCAUGGUCACUGGUGGUCGUAACAUGGGCCGUGUUGGUGUCAUCACCCACCGUGAGCGCCACGACGGAGGCUUCAACAUUGUCCACAUCAAGGACGCUGUUGACAACGAGUUCACCACUCGUGAGUCCAACGUCAUUAUCAUUGGAAAGGAGAAGCCAUGGAUCUCUCUGCCAAAGGGCAAGGGUGUCAAGCUCUCGAUCGCUGAGGAGCGUGAUCGUCGCCGUGCGUACGCCCUCGCUGGUCACUAAAUGUGACACGGGCGGGUGUGUAGUAGUAGGUUAGCGUAUGAAGUACCCAUGAAUUCAUGAGCAUUGGUGCAGGACUCGGAAACUCGAAAAAAAAAAACCAGGCGUUCGUGACCCCGUGUGGGGAGGUUGACGCGGAUCUUGCGGAUCUGCUUAUCAUAGGAAUACCAUGAGUGAGGCCGAGAAUCAAACAAAUAAACAGUCGAGAAGCCUUGGGGCUCAAA